CAACAUUUACAAACGCUAAAUUAUGGCCAAGUUGGUAAAUUGGUUGAACUAUUAGAGACAUGUGUUGAAAUUCAUGGUUACGGUAACUUACCUACUUUACAAAUCCCAUUAAAAGAAUUAUUGCGAAAAGUUAGAAAUAACUUAAGAAAAGAUAAUGUUAAUGUGCGAAAUAUACGUUUAAAUGGCGGUACAGCUAGUUAUAUCUUAAAUCAACAUCACUAUUAUAAAAACAACUCUCAGUAUCAACAUCAUCACCAACAGCAACAACUACGACCUGCUAUUAAACCUCAUUACAACGACAUUGAUUUAGUCUUCAACGUGGAUAUGAGCGAUGACAGCCAGGCACAAGUUAUCUUAACUACAGUAUUGAGAACUUUACUUGAAUAUCUACCGGAUUCAAUAGUUCGAAAUGGUUUCCAGUAUUACAUGCUGAAAAAAGCAUAUCUGAUUAAAUUAGUCAAAGUUUUCAAUGGUGCUAAUCGUUGGUCAUUGAUAUCGUUUCGUAAUUAUUACGGUCGAAAUGUUGAAUUUAAAUUUGUAGAUACCAUAGAACGUCAGUUUCAAUUUUCGGUCGACUCAUUUCAAAUUUUAUUAGAUUCUAUCCUUUCCUUAUAUGAUUACAAAUUAACAUUAAUUGAUAGCCAAUAUAUGAGUAGUAAUUUUUAUCCAACAGUUAUAGCCGAGUGCUUAUACGGCGAUUUUGAUCUUGCUACUGAACAUUUACAUAAGAAAAUUAUCGCCACAAAAAAGCCUGAAGAGAUACGCGGUGGCGGUUUAUUAAAAUAUUGUUCUCUAUUAUUACAAGGCUACAAGCCAGAAUCAGAAUUACAAAUGGGCGCUAUGGCACGUUAUAUGUGUAGUCGAUUUUUUAUCGAUUUUACGCGCCUUGAACAACAAGAAGAACGUUUAGUAAGUUAUUUAGAUUGCCACUUUCAUAAUGAUUAUCCUAUCAAGUAUAAGUACUUAUUAAUCUUGAAGAGCGUUAUUAAACGCAAUACCGUCUGCUUAAUGGAUUUAGAAAGGCGACAAACUCUACGUUUAAUCAACAAAUUAAUCUAU